AUGCAACCUAGCGUGUUCUGUGCCGAACUAUCCCGCAUACAGGGUAAGGGUGGUCUCAAACCCGCUACUGCGGUGAAUGUAAGACAUAUUCUCUGCGAGAAGCACUCGAAAGCCACAGAGGCCUUGCAGAAGCUGCAGGAAGGGCAAAGAUUUGAUAAGGUUGCGCAGGAGUAUUCAGAGGACAAAGCUAAAGCUGGUGGCAGCCUGGGCUGGAUGACGCGCGGGUCAAUGGUGGGCCCCUUCCAAGAUGCAGCAUUUGCCCUCGAACCGUCCACCGUCGAUAAACCCAAAUUGUCACCUUUGGUUAAGACGAACUUUGGGUACCACAUUAUCAUGGUUGAGGGCCGCCGAUAA